AGCUUUUGUUUAUUGCUAUAUAAUAAACAAGCUCAAGCUCACAAAAACAAAAGAAUCUAUAUUCGAAAUAAAACGACCUGAAUCCCGCGAACCCAUUUAACUAAACUGAUCUAACAAGCAAUCAACAUAUACUUCUGGAAAAAGUAGCCAUGAAUAGACAUCAUCUUGAUACUACUCACCUUCUCUCUCUACAUCUCUCUUUCUCUCUCUUUAACUGGUUCCCAAUAAAUUUGUCUCGCCGACCACCGACUGAAUUAGAUCUCCGAUUACAAAACCCAUUUUCUCUGAUCUCCGAUCACAAAGAAUAAUGUAUGAAAAUGGGGUUGAUGGUGAAGGAGAAAAGGGUAAAGGUUUAUUGUGUGAUGAAUUUAAUGAAUUUGUGCAAAAUGAGGUUGUUUAUGUUCCUAUGACGCCAGCUAAGACGGGUCAGCCCGAUUCGGAUAUGAUUGGUAAAAACUGGUUUGAAAAUCCGUUUGAUGAAGCUAUAUUUGAAGAACAGUCUAUGAAGAAAAGUUUUAGUUGUUGGAAGGGUAGUUUUGGGUCAACUAGUCAAAUGUAUAAUCGGUUGUCGUUGGAUGAUGCCGAAACGUUGAGUAUGUCUUGUCAAGAUUUGCUCGCACUCGCCACAAAAAAGGGUUCUGAUUGUGGUGGGUAUGGUGGUGGUGCAGCCGGUUUAACGCAACAAUCUGGGCGGUUGAACAUGUUAUACGAUCUCAAUUUGCCGCCAGAAAUGAUAGCGGAUACGACGGUAAACACGGGUCUAUCCCUGCAGUUCACACCGUUGACACCGGAUCAAGCAAAAAGAAUGAAUCUUGAAGCAGAUAAAGAGGUUGUUGAGGCUAAUCAAGACUCCGAGAAGGGGUUGACUGAACAAGCUGAUUUGAAUGAAACGAAUGAAACACCGCAACCGAAACAGAAAAGAAGAAAGCACAGGCCGAAAGUGGUUACAGAAGGUAAACCGAAAAGAGUACGAAAGCCCGCGACACCAAAGCCUGCGACGCCAAAUCCCGAUGGUUCGUCAACAGGGAAGAGGAAGUAUGUAAGGAGAAAUGGAGUUGAAAAGUCGGCAACAACGCCUGAUGGCUCGUCAACAGGGAAGAGAAAAUAUGUCAGGAGAAAUGGAGUUGAAAAGUCAACAACACCCGCUGUGGAUGAAACAAGCGGGAGCGUACAUCCAACCCCAGAUCAACAAACGAAGAAAACGUGUAAGAGAAAGAUUGACUUUGAUGAAUCCGAGAAACAGGCGGAAGCAACGAGCCCAGAUCAACAAACAGGUAAGAGAAAUAUUGACUUUGAUGAUUCUGAGAAACAGGCCGAAGUAACGGUUGAUAAUUCAUGCACGGUGACUAGUGGAGUGGUGGAAGAUUACGAAAAAUCACAUGAAACCGUGUCCCCAAACCCGAUCACCCCUAGCAAAACCGAGCUACCACAGGCGAAAGUAAAACGGAGCAACACGAAAGCAAAAUGUAAGAUAAAUUUCUUACAAGAAACACAUGACAAAGUACCGAGCCAUUUACCGAGUCCAAAUGAAUCCGGCUGUAGCACAAGUGUGUGCAACAAGGGAGAUGAAGCACAGAGAUCGUUUGAUGAGAUUAAACUUAUGAAUGAGCAGAUUAUGAAAAUGAAACAUGACUCGUUGGAGUCAUAUCUGUCAAUAUUCACCGAUUACAGCUUGCAAUCAUCUGAGCAUAAUGUGAAAAUGAACCGUGAGUCGUCGGAGUCACUUCUAUCAGUGUACGCCAAUUUCAAAAGGGUGCGCAACUUGCAAUCAUCUACAAUCAACAAGAAAAAGGGUAAGGCACCCGCAACGCCAAACGACAGCCAUAAGCCAACACGUGGUCAGAGUUCGAAAAGGAAGAAAAUAAUGGUGCAUGAUUCAGUUUCGUUUGGUGGAAGAAUAGACGGUGGAUAUCAACAGCAACAUACAUACAUGUCGGCCUCUAUGUAUCAUAACAACUCAGGUUACAAUAUGUAUUAUAUUGACGCAUUAGUGGAACAAUUUAAGCAGCUGCAUAUCAACGGACAUACGUUUGUACGAGGAUACCAUGAGAAGAAUGCUCUUGUUGUAUAUCAACAGGAUAGAAGUGUUGUCCCUUAUGCAGGUGUGUUUAAUCCGAUGAAGAAAAAGAAGCAACGUCCUAAAGUCGACCUUGAUGAUGAGACGAAUAGAGUCUGGAUGCUUUUAUUGGAAAAUAUAAAUAGUGAAGGUAUAGACGGGACGGAUGAAGAUAAGGCAAAAUGGUGGGAAGAAGAACGACGAGUGUUUCGUGGGCGAGCAGAUUCGUUUAUAGCAAGAAUGCAUCUUGUGCAAGGGGACAGACGAUUCUCACAGUGGAAAGGAUCGGUUUUAGAUUCGGUGGUUGGGGUUUUCCUUACUCAGAAUGUUUCUGAUCAUUUAUCCAGUUCAGCGUUUAUGGCACUUGCUGCGCGGUAUCCCGUAAAGCGAAACACGAGCAGUGAACCGUUGCAUGAAGAACCAUGCCAAGUAGAUGCAUCGGGAGACCAUGAUCCGAUACCUAUGAUGCUACAGGAGGUUGAUUCUUGUGAAGAUAAAGAAGUUGUUAAUAGCAAUGAAUUUUCUAAAAGUUGUAUCGUUAGUGUCGACUUAAAUGAUAAAUCAGAAUGUGAAGUUCUGGUCUCAUCUGAAAAAGAAUCGGCAAUAUACAAAGAAUCGGUUAUUAAUCAUACAGAAGCUGACGAAAUAGUCUCCACAGAUAAAGCUACUGCUGAUGGGUGCACUUCGUUUGUGGAGUUGUUGCACAUGCAGGGACAUACAAGGGUUUAUAAUGAAAAAUGUGCAAGUGGAGAAAGCGAAAUAUCAACAGACUGCGCAAGUCAAACUACGGUUCAGAUGGUCAACACAAUAAGUUCGCAAGAAUCAGCAAACAGUUACUGUUGCAUGGUGCAACAAGUUGUUGAGAAAAAUAACACCAUUGUUGAAGCGUCAGGAGAAUCGGUGCAAAAAGUGGUUGAUUUUCAUUUGAAUAAAGAUAAAAGUAACCGAAAAACUGAUGGUAUGGAUGAGGGUCAUUCGAAUGUUAAAAAAGAAAAAACGGAAAAGACACAUAUUAAAGUUGACUGGGAUAAGCUAAGAUUUGAAGCGGAAGUCAAACAAAAAAGAGAGAGAACACCGAACACAAUGGAUUCGAUGGACUAUGAGGCGAUAAGAGCAGCAAAUGUGAAUGAUGUCGCUGAUGCCAUUAAGGAGAGGGGUAUGAACAACAGGCUUGCUGCGAGAAUUAAGGACAUGCUUGACCGACUAGUAAGAGACCAUGGAAGCAUUGAUCUUGAAUGGUUACGAGAUGUUCCACCUGACAAAGCCAAGGAGUAUCUGCUAAGCUUUAAAGGCUUAGGUUUGAAGAGCGUCGAGUGUAUCCGACUUCUAACGCUUCAUCAUCUUGCUUUCCCGGUUGACACAAAUGUGGGUCGUAUAGCUGUAAGACUUGGAUGGGUACCCCUUCAAGCACUUCCCGAGUCUCUUCAGUUGCAUCUUUUGGAGCUAUAUCCAGUUCAGGAGUCGAUUCAAAAGUAUUUAUGGCCAAGACUAUGCAAGCUUGACCAAAAAACUUUGUAUGAGCUGCAUUACCAGAUGAUAACAUUUGGAAAGGUUUUCUGUACAAAGACCAAACCAAAUUGCAACGCGUGUCCCCUGAGAGGAGAGUGCAGACAUUUUGCCAGUGCCUUUGCAAGUGCACGGCUGGCAUUACCGGCACCAGAGGAAAGUAUAGCGGGUUCUACAGAAAACCGAACUGGUCGAAAUCCAAUUGGGAUGAUAGAUUUUGCUUCAACCAGUGAACAGCCGAAUCACCUGUCAGAAGUCCAGAUUUGCAACCCUGUUAUAGAACAACCAGCAACACUAGGGCCUAUAGUGGAAGUACCCGCAACGCCAGGGCCUACGGUUGAGGUACUGGCAACACCGGGGCCGAUAGUUGAGAUGCCGGCAUCACCAGAGCCGGAACAGAUACAAGAAGCGUUUGAUAUAGAGGACUUUAUUGGAGACGAUGAAGAAAUUCCGAUGAUUAAACUCAACAUUGAAGAGUUCACUCAGAACUUGCAAACGUACAUGGAAAGACAUAUGGAGCUUGGAGAAGGUGACAUGUCGAAGGCGUUGGUCGCGUUAACGCCGGAAGCUGCCUCGAUUCCAACACCAAAACUUAAAAAUGUCAGCCAGCUGAGAACGGAGCACCAAGUCUAUGAGCUUCCAGACUCACAUCCUCUCUUGGAAGGACUGGACAUACGCGAAACUGAUGAUCCUUGCCCGUACCUUUUAGCGAUUUGGACCCCUGGUGAAACUGUGGAUUCGAUUCAGCCGCCAGAGGGACAAUGUUGCUUCUAUGAAUCUGGAACAUUGUGCAACCAGGAAACAUGCUUCUUCUGUAACAGCACCCGUGAGGCAAAUGCCCAAACCGUUCGUGGGACCCUCCUGAUACCAUGUAGAACUGCGACAAGAGGGAGUUUUCCGCUCAAUGGCACAUAUUUUCAAGUCAAUGAGGUGUUUGCAGACCACGAGUCAAGCCUUAACCCGAUUGACGUACCCAGAGCUUGGUUAUGGAAUUUACCAAAAAGAACAGUGUAUUUUGGAACUUCCAUACCAUCAAUAUUCAAAGGCCUAACAACAGAGGAAAUUCAAUACUGCUUCUGGAGAGGGUUUGUUUGUGUGAGGGGAUUUGACAGAAAGGAACGAGCACCCCGGCCGCUUAGGGCGAGGCUGCACUUUCCCGCAAGCAGGUUAAAACAAACAAAGCCAAAGACUGAAGAGAAAGAGAAGUUGAAGCAAUAGCAGACAUACAGAGUUGGCUAGAUACAAAUGUUGGCUGUUCAUGAACAGUGGCGUGAUCGAUAUUUUGGUAGUGUUAGGGACAGCAGUUAACUUGGAUAACCUAAAGAUGUUUUGCUAUGUUAGUUUUGUUCUAGUAGAUGCAGUUUUAUAUAAUCUAUUAUGUUAUAUUAGAGCAGUUUAUUAUUAGUUGUAUUUUCAGUUA